AUGGCUGCCCCGAGGCUUCCAUUCCUUUACCCGCAGUUUAUGCGCUCAGUGCGCUCGUGCGAACCGACAACCUACCGCUCCUUUCGAAUCCCCUCUACUCCUUCCUCCCAUAAAGCCCCCUUCCACUCCAGUCGGCGGCGAGCGCAAGAAACGUCAUACAACCGACGAUACGGCCCUGCUGCAGAGGCCAAUCUGCCUCCUCCUGCGCGGCCCAAAGACGAGGCUCGCUAUCCCCCGACUCCGCCGGUGCCAAAAGACAAGAGCAACACGUCACCGCAUACCCCUUCCCCACCUGAGAAAGUGCCCUCCGAGGAUGCCAAAGAUGACGCCAUGGAUACUUCCUCCCGACUCAAGAGCUCCAGCUCUACAGAAUCGAAUGAUAAGAAGUCUCCGGAUGAGCUAGAUCCUCGGGAAGAACCUGCGGCGUCCGAUGACCGCGAUGCCACCUCCGCAUCUCCGCCCCCCGACGAGAAUUCCCCGCGAGAACGACAGUCGAAGACUUCCUCCCAAUCGAUUCCGUUCGACGGCAAUCCCCUCGAAGGUGUCCUACACUUGCCUUCGCCCUCGUCAUACCUAACGCCAUCUGGAUUGCCCUCGUCAGGCGAACACCAUCCCCACAUGACCCCUGCGCCUUAUGUCCACCAUUUUGACUCAUACUCGCUUGUCCGCGAUCUCUCGACGGGCGGUUUCAGCGAUGACCAGUCCGUGACUAUCAUGAAGGCGGUGCGCCGUAUUUUGCAGAAUAAUCUCGAUUUCGCGAAAAACAACCUGACUUCCAAAUCUGACGUCGAGAAUGAAUCUUACCUGUUCAAGGCGGCCUGCUCGGAACUCCAGUCGUCUCUGGAAACGGCUCGAAGCUCGGAAAUGCAGCGACAGCGGGCUUCCCGGACACAACUGCAGCACGAGUCGGAUAUCUUAUCGCAACGCUUGAAUCAAGAGCUUGCGGGAUUGAAGGAUGACAUUAAGGGCAUGUUCAAUGAUCACAAGAUGACUACGCGAGAGCAACAGCGUAGUAUUGAUACCUCCGUUCAGGAACUCAACUACAAGAUCACGGUUUCUUUGAACAGUGACGGUAAAAGUGAGAUCGAAGGGCUUCGGUGGAUUUUGACUCGACGAGCUGCUCUGGCCGUUGCGACGAGUGCUUUUAUGAUCAUCAUUUUCCUCAAGUACUACUCCGUCCGGAAAACGCACGACGGUGUGGAAAAGAAAAAAGAAGCGCCAGUCAAGCAGACGGCCGAAAAGGUGGUCGUCCAAGACCCGGCAGUUGAAGCCGUUCAUCCAGUUCCAGAGCCUCAUCUGGGCGAGUCUCUAGGCUGA